AUGCCUCGCGCCAACGAUACCGCUGCCAAGGUCUUCUACAAGGGCAAGACUGAAGACUUCAUCGUCUUCGUUGACGACCUCGAUGUCUUGCAGAAGUGGAAGAACGAUCGCAGCAUCGCUCUUUCUGAUGUCUUGAACGGCUGGAAGAUUCUUGUUUCUCACAGCCACGGCGCCCAGGGUAUCCUGGACACUGCCAGCAAAGCCGCUCUGGAAAACGAGUUUGGUACCAAGGAUGAGGACGCAAUUAUGACCAAGAUCUUGGAAGGUGGUGAAUUCCAAGCCAACACCAACCGUGAGCGUGAGGGCAACAAGAACGAUUCCAAGGGCGGUGCCAACAUUGGCCGGUAA